AUGGAUGAUACAGAUAGAGCAAUUUCACGUUUAUUCAGAACAUUUAAAACUGUAAAAGAGAUGGUUAAAGAUCGGGGAUAUUAUAUAUCACAAGAAGAAUUAGAUAUGACAUUAGAAACAUUUAGAGCAAAAGUUUGUGAUUCAAUGGGACAACCACAACGUAAAUUAAUGUGUUUUCAAGCAAAUCCCACCCCAGAAAUAUUGGAAAAAUUUCCAGAAAUGGGAUCAUUAUGGGUUGAAUUUUGUGAUGAACAAAGUGUUGGUAUUAAAACAAUGAGAAAUUUUUGUAUUCAUAUAUCUGAUAAAAAUUUUUCAACAGGAGUCUUCAUUUAUCAAAAUGGUAUAACACCAAGUGCAAAUAAAUUAAUUCCAACUGUAACACCAGCAACAAUUGAAACAUUUCAAGAAAGUGAUUUAAUUGUAAAUAUUACCCAUCAUGAAUUAGUUCCAAAACAUAUAAAAUUAUCAAAAUUGGAAAAAAAAGAAUUAUUAGAAAGAUAUAGAUUAAAAGAAUCUCAAUUACCUAGAAUUCAAAGAGAAGAUCCAGUUGCAAGAUAUUUAGGAUUAAAAAGAGGUGAAGUUGUUAAAAUUAUAAGAAGAUCAGAAACUUCUGGUCGUUAUGCGUCUUAUAGAAUAUGUUUAUAG